CAGCCGAGUGUCCCCUCCCCCACCCGUUGGGCUCUCGGCGGCUACUGCAGAGGAUUCAGAGCCGAGUCGCUGAAGAGGAGGAGGCUCUGUCCCCGUGCGCCAUCCACCACCCUGCUGGACACGGGCGAGGGAGCGAGAGCGUCGCCGCUGUAGCCUCCAGAGAAGACAAGGGCAUCGCCGUCUCAGCCGCCGCCCCCGCCGCCGCCGUUUUCGCCUGCAGCCGUUCGCCGGAUCCUCAGUCUUCCACAAUGAACCCUGUUUACAGCCCCGUGCAGCCUGGGGCUCCUUAUGGCAACCCUAAGAACAUGGCCUACACAGGUUACCCCACAGCCUACCCGGCAGCAGCUCCUGCCUAUAAUCCCAGCCUGUACCCCACCAAUAGCCCCAGUUAUGCACCAGAGUUUCAGUUCCUGCAUUCAGCUUAUGCAACUCUGCUGAUGAAACAGGCCUGGCCACAGAACUCGUCUUCCUGUGGCACUGAAGGCACCUUCCACCUCCCAGUGGACACCGGGACGGAGAACCGAACUUACCAAGCAUCCUCUGCGGCUUUCAGAUAUACUGCAGGGACACCAUACAAGGUCCCACCAACCCAGAGUAAUACUGCUCCGCCCCCCUACUCCCCAUCACCCAACCCCUAUCAGACGGCCAUGUAUCCAAUCAGAAGUGCCUACCCUCAGCAGAAUCUGUAUGCCCAGGGAGCCUACUACACACAGCCAGUGUAUGCUGCCCAGCCCCAUGUCAUCCACCACACCACGGUCGUCCAGCCCAACAGCAUUCCCUCUGCCAUCUACCCGGCACCUGUUGCUGCCCCCAGGACCAACGGCGUGGCCAUGGGCAUGGUGGCAGGCACCACCAUGGCAAUGUCAGCAGGUACCCUGCUGACUACACCCCAGCACACCGCGAUUGGGGCACACCCUGUCUCCAUGCCAACCUACAGGGCCCAAGGAACCCCUGCAUACAGCUACGUGCCCCCGCACUGGUAAAGCCUGCAGCCCAUCCAAAUCUGGAGUCACACAUUGUAUGCAACUACUCAAGUCUUACACCGGUGCUGGAGCAGUUCCCUAGCAGCACCACUUCUAUUUGCAAGAAGAAACAACAGAAGUGCAAGGGUCACUUUAUGCAUCUUUAAUGGUUUUGGUUUUUAUUUUUGGUUUUUGUAAAAGCUGCUUUUUUUCUAAUCUCCUGCCUCUCCCCCACUAUCCCCCACUUAGCCGCUCCCCUUCCAGCUCUACCCUCUCCUCCCACCUGACCAGGCCAGGUCUUCUCUGCUCUUCUUCUUUCUUCCCAAGCAUCCUAUCCCUGGGGAUUCCAGUCUAGUGGUAAGCAGAGAGUGGGGUUUAUUGCAGUGGUCAUCUGAAGGCUCAACUUCAUUUUAAGAACAUAAACAGAUGUGGCCCUCAGGUCCAGGGUGGGAACUCAGAGCUGCUGAGCAGGCCACAUCUCUGGGGGAUUGUUCCUUUUUUGUUUUUUCUUAAGCAACAUUAAUUCAGGACAUUACCAUGUCCUGAUACAAAUGAAGUGUCUUCUGAGAACCAUUACAACAGACCAAGAAGAAAACCACCUGAUUAUGUAGGAGUGUUAUUAGCUUAAUACCCCAGGCCAAGAACUUGGGGAAACCGGAGUCUUUCUUUGGGAGAU